AUGUUUAAGCUUGUAAUCUAUGUUAAAAUUUUUUACUAUAAAUAUUUUUUUCCAGCCAACUUUACUUUACCCUCUUUGGAGUUUGGUUGGUUCGAUGAUAUUUUAUACAGUGAUUUAAAUGGCGAAGAAGCCAAGGAAGAAGUUCGAAAGAUUAAUGAAAAAGGUAAAAAGGCUAUAGAUUCAAAUCCAGCCAAUCGCGAUAAACGUCAGCGUCGUGAUAAUUAUCGUAAUGAUAACCGUCGACGAUAUGAUGAUCGUAGACGUUAUGAACAGCCACGUAAUGAUAUGCGUUGGAAUGACAGACGUGCUCCAGGUAAUAUCAAUUAUCACUACGCUAAUAGAGGUGGCGAUAGUGGACGUUGGAAUACUAACGGCGGAAAUCGUAACAACAUGUCGAGCAGUUACAGAGAUGAACGUAAUCGCGGUUAUGAUAAUAGACAACAGCUGCCAUCUCAUCGCUAUGGUGGUGCGGGUGGAUCUCAAAACUGGGUCACUAAUAAUCGUCAACCGCGUUUUGAUAAUCGACAUGGCCGUUAUAAUAACAGUGGUGGAGGCAGUGGUCGUUACGAAUCUUAUGGUAGCGGAGGAGGUAACAAUCGCAAUUAUCGCGGUAAUGAUUAUAGGGAUAAUCGUGACAAUCGCAAUUGGUCUGGUAACUCCGCUGGAAGUGGUAAUAAUCGACGUGACACCAAUUAUCGUUCUGGCGCUGGUAACAGUCAGCGGGAUUUUCGGCACGGCCACCGCGACGUUCGCGAAGAUAGUCGCGGUGGCUCUACUUCGACGACGUCAAGGAGCACUAAAUAUAAUUCCCACAGUACACGUGAAACGAGCGAAACCGGUGCCGGUUGCGAUUCAUAUCAAAAGAGCAAGAACAAUUUUCCAACUAGUAACAACAAAUGGCAUACAUAUGACAAUCAACAGUCGCCGUCUAACGCAGGCGAUUGGCAGCAGUAUUCUCAACAACAACAAUAUUGGGGAUAUAUGACCGAUUAUGGGCAACAACAGCAAUGGCAAAAUAUGGAUGCCAAUCAACAACAGCAAUGGAUAUCAUGGUGGCAGCAACAAGGCGGUGUUGCAUCAAGCGAUGCUAACGGCAUUGCCGAUCCCGGCCAAUAUUGGUCGCAAUAUUCUUACAGUACCCAAACAAGCGCAGGCGGCGAAACCGGCACAGUUGCGUCUGCUGCCACUGCCUCUAACCGAACCACCAAGAAAACAUAAAAAAGUACAACUAUAUUUCCAGUUAUACACGACGAUGAUCACCAGUCCCCAACCAGAUUACUUUAUUACUUAUUAUGUACACUUAUCGUCAGUUUAUCAAAUCAUGCAAGCGGAUAAAAACAAUAGUUCAAAAAAUUAAAACUUCAAAUUACGAUAACAACAAAAUAUUAAAUAUAAG